CUGGUGGUAGUAAGUAAUUUCUUUUUAAUACUUUGUAGUAAAGCUACAGGCGAACCACUGCAGAUACCAAUAAUGAUAUAAAUACUUUCUACUUGAUCAGUUGAUCAGAUUUGAUAUUCCAUUCUUUAGCAUUUUGUCCCUGAAGUCGCCAUGUAUUCAAAGACUUAUUCCAUGAUUUUGUAAACAAUAUACAGUAUAACAAUAUAACAAUAUGAACAACAAACACACACUAAUAUUUCAGAAACUAAACAUUGUAGGAAUCUAUGUCAUCAUGCUAACGUCAACAGCUAACCGUAUCGGCAUUUUCCUUGAUCUGGCCGCCCCUAGUUGCUGGAGUUGGGCCUAGUUGCUGCAGAUUUUUGUAUUGCUAAAAAACAAGUAAAUACAGAUAUUUCUGACACUUUUGACUUAAAAGGUUACUUAAAAAGAGUAUUGAAUGAUUUUGUUAAUCAUGAUUAUGCUCAACAUAUUGCCACAUAGUUUUCAAACAAUAUAUACCUUUAUGUAAUAUAUGUGAUAUUGGCAACAAUCUGACCCGAUGUUGAUUGUUUGUGUCUGAUUUGUACCGACACGCCCACCGCUAUUUAAACACUGUUGUUGGCAGGUUCCGGUCGGCAGUAAAGCUUGAAAAGAGCGUCCAUGUCUGGACAAUGCGUUUCUCUUCAAUGUAAGCACACAAGUGUCUUUCUUUAGGCAGCAAUAAAUUACAUAGGCCUCAGCAGGGUCGGGGGGGUUCUGUUGCGACCUGUCACUCAAACACACAAGUCUAUGAAAUAACAGGAGCAGCGGACGAGCAGCUAUGCAUAGUGCAGAUGUCCUGCCCGCAAUCCCGCAUGCUGGGUUAAUAAUAGGAGCGUGGUUGUCGGCUUGCUCCACAAGGGUAGGGGGUGGCUUGUUCUCAUUGGGUCUAUUUUAUCCUCCACUUUCUCGAGUGCGAGUGGGAGGAGGACUUCCAGCAAGUGAUAUUAUCAACAACAAAAAAAAAAGUACCCCCCUCCCCUUCAACCCUCCAGUCUGAAGAGGAGCAGCAAGUAUAAAUACCCAACCCGCUGUGUCCUGACUGCAGUGAGUGACACAACAAGGUCUGAGACACACACUACCACUGACGGAAAAUUAUGUGACAGAGGACGUUGCUUUGACGACUAAAGGCAGACCAAGAGACAUUUUGAAUGGAGAAGAUGUGUUCUGGUUUUUGUUUGCUUCUUCUGUGCGGCUUCCAUCCGGCGGUCUCCGCUUGGUUUGAAUCCGAGGAGGUCAUACCUGUUCGGAUAAACGGAAGAAUCAGCGGUCGCUUCUGGAAACGAAGCCAGGACCAGGAGCGAGUCGUUCUCAGCGCCUUUGGAAAAGACUUGACGCUGAAUCUUAUCCCUGACACCAGUUUCAUCGCACCUCACUUCACCAUUCAGCGCGUACAAGCCAAAGACUUUGGUGUCUCAGGUGCGCAAUCGUCACUGGGCCAGGAUCUCCGCAAUCUCAUCAACCAGACGGAGGAGAGUGAAGGACAGUUGAGAAGUUGUUUUUACUCAGGGAACGUAGAUGAAGAUCAGGACUCUGUUGUGGCUCUGAGUCUGUGUUCCGGGGUCUACGGCUCCUUCAUAACAGAAGGGAACGAGUACAUUAUUGAGCCCAAAUUUCCAGGAGGCUUUAGGUCACCCUCUGCCCAACAGCUGCAUGUGAUCAAGAGGAGGACCUUGUCUGAGAGCCACGGUGUUCCUUUCCUGUUUGAUCACGCGGAUGAAGCGGGUGCCCCGGAGAACCACAAGUGGGGUUAUAGUUUUACGCACCGCAGCAACGACGCACGGGGGGAAUCUCGCCAGAGACGCUUCGUGUCUGCGCCACGGUUCAUAGAAACCUUGGUGGUGGCAGAUUCCAGCAUGACACACUUCUACGGGGAUGAAAUCAAGCACUACAUUUUGACGUUAAUGUCAAUGGCUGCCCAGUUGUACAAGCACCCCAGCAUCAAGAAUUCAGUCAACAUGGUGGUUGUAAAGCUGUUAGUGAUAGAGGAUGAAGAAGUCGGUCCAGAUGUCUCCAGUAAUGGAGGAGUAGCCCUGAGGAACUUUUGCUCUUGGCAGCAGCUCUUCAACCCUGCAAGUCAGAGACACCCGGAACACUUUGAUACCGCCAUGCUCUUCACCAGAGAGGACAUCUGCGGACAAAAGAGCUGCGACACUUUGGGUGUUGCCGAUGUUGGGACGAUGUGCGAUCCUAAGAGAAGCUGCUCCGUAAUCGAGGACAACGGCCUGCAAGCUGCCUUCACUGCUGCACAUGAGCUCGGUCAUGUGCUGAGCAUGCCUCACGAUGACUCCAAAACCUGCGAGAAGCUGUUCGGGGAUCUUGGAGGGCAUUAUCUGAUGUCUCCUUUGUUUGUUAGCCUCAACAAAACCAUGCCUUGGUCUCCUUGCAGUGCUCUCUACAUCACAGAGUUCUUUGACAAUGGCCAUGGGGACUGUCUGCUGGACGUUCCAGAUAGUAGUAUGCCAUUACCCAAGGAGCUGCCCGGGAGCAAAUACAGCCUGAACCAUCAGUGCCAGCAGAUAUUUGGAGAGGAAUUCUUCCAUUGUCCCAACACAACAGACAAUGAUAUCUGCAGCCAGUUGUGGUGUCAAGAGGAUGGAACAUCACAGUGCUCCACAAAGAACGGCAGCUUGCCAUGGGCUGACGGCACCCCGUGUGGUCUCAACAGAACAUGCCUGAAUGGAGUGUGCAAGCCGACACAGGAGGUGUUCGAGCCGCUGGUGGUUGUGGAUGGGGGCUGGAGCACGUGGGGACCAUGGCAGCAAUGUUCCAGGACAUGUGGAGGGGGGGUCGAGUUCUCCAAUAGAGAGUGCACAAACCCUGAGCCUCAAAAUGGGGGUAAAUACUGUGAGGGACAGAGGGUUCAAUAUCAAUCCUGCAACACAGAGCCCUGUGACAACACUGGAAAAAGUUUCAGAGAAGAGCAGUGUGAGAAGUACAACAGCCCAAACUACCUGGACUAUAAUGGAAAUAUGAAACAUUGGAUACCAAAGUACGCCGGAGUGUCUCCCAGGGACAGAUGCAAACUAUUCUGCCGGGCCAAAGGCAGUAGUGAAUUUAAGGUGUUUGAACCCAAGGUCGUUGAUGGAACACCCUGCGGUCCUGACACCACGUCUGUGUGCGUCCAAGGCCAGUGUGUGAAGGCAGGCUGUGACCAGGUGAUUGGAUCCAAUAAGAGAGUGGAUAAGUGUGGUGUAUGUGGAGGAAACGGUCUUACCUGUAGAAAGAUCACUGGGUCCUACAACAAAGCAAUCUAUGGAUACAGCGACAUUGUCACAAUUCCCGCUGGUGCAACCAAUAUUGACAUCAAACAGCGGAGCCACAGAGGAAUCAAACAUGACGGGAACUAUCUGGCUGUAAUGCGAGAGACUGGCAGUUACAUCCUCAACGGAAACUUCUCCGUGUCGACGGUGGAACAGGACAUCCCUGUUCUUGGUGCUGUGCUGAAGUACAGCGGUUCCUCCACCAUGCUGGAGAGGAUUCAGAGUUUCAUGCAGCUGAAAGAGGCUAUCGUCAUUCAACUUCUGGCCACAGCGGGGGAUUCCAGUGCUCCCAAAGUGAAAUAUUCCUUUUUCAUCCCCAGAGAUGUAACCUUUAACAAGCCUAAAGAAAAGAAGUUCUCUUCUCCAUCUUUACAUAUGAUUCAUCCCUUCGGUGUUCCCGACUGGGUACUGGGAGAGUGGUCCGAGUGUUCGAAGAGUUGCGGUUCCGGGUGGUCCAGGAGGAAUGUGGAGUGCAGAGACAGCGCAGGUUUUCUCUCGAGCCUUUGUGAUAAAGACUUGAGGCCGAUGGACAUUAGGGCUUGUGGUGAUCUGCCCUGUCCCAUCUGGCAGAUGGGACCUUGGUCCGCCUGCUCACGAACUUGUGGUCAGGGAGAACGGCACCGCAGCGUCGUCUGCAUAGACUACACUGGGAAGACUGUUGAACCAGAGAAGUGUGAUCAGAAUAAAAAACCUGUGCCUGUUUCCGGAGAAUGUUUCAACCUCGAGUGCCUAUGAAGAAGCCUGUGUUACAACCACUGUUGGAAGUAAACAAAGGAAAACUACCUCGGGAAUGUCAUGAGAUGCCAUAUAAAGAAGGUGCUGUGUUUGUACUUUCUCCACUACAAAUAACAACUCAUUUAUUGUGAGGGUUUGGGUUGGUCUAAUUGACAAAAUACAGUGGAGACCUCUUAUGUCGACAACUUUGUUUAUGUCAAACAAUUCAUCAAGUCCUUGAAAACGGGAAAAUCCUAAUAAAAUGUCAACAAACUGAAGCAAAAAUAAGCGAUCGGUCCGGGACCAGCAUAUGUCGUGAAUAAUUUCAUCAACAACAAAAUAAUACAACAAACUCUAGCCUCAACAGUAUCAUUCCUCCACCACUAAAUAUCACUCAAAAAGCAGCUUUUUCAUUUAUCCAGCAGCACAUAUACUGUACGUAUACGUACAUUUAACAGUAUGCAUCAAAGUCUCCCCUUUAUUUUGAUACCAAGAUGAUACAUGUAAGCCUUUUACAUGCAGAAAAAAAUGUAUUUAUUUGGGGUCUUUUUUUUUUUUUUUAGCAAAAUGGCCGAGGGGUUAAGGUUAAAAAUUUAAAGCUACUAAUGCACAGCAUAGUGUAAAUAUACUGUACCUCUUUGUCUUACAUACUGUCAUUAAUGCUUCAAUGUCGUGUUUUGAUGGCUUGGGUUGUGAUUUGAAGCUAUCUCAUGUGUGCUCCUGUUUCACUGCUUCUCAAUUCUACACGUUAGUGACGAUAAAUGUGAUUGUUGUUUUUCUUGUUGUUGUUUUAAAUCCAGAAAAUAAGCAUGGUUUCACUGUAAGCCUUUUGAUCACUCGGCCUUUAAAUGUGUUACAGAAUUUUUUAUCGAAACGGAAUUUGAGUGUACACUUGUGUCAAAUACUUUUUGAAAUUCAAAUGCCCUGAUUUAAAAAAAAAAAAGCCAAGACAAAGUCGUUACAUUUCUGUGUUCUAUCGCAGUUGGUGGUAGCAGACAUUUUCAGUAGAACACAUUCAGUACGUGAUAUACCUAUCACAUGUUGUGUAAAUUAAUGCUAUUAUUUUCAUGUUUCAUAUGCGUUAAUGAUAUCUAAACCCACUUUUUCAGACUUUUAUGUGUAUGUUUGGGUCACGAGAGAAAAGAGAAGGCACAUUAGGCCUAUAUCCCUUCAAUGAAGGACCAUACUAGUUUAUGAGCAUAGCUUCCUUUAAUUUAUUGUUUUCUUUUUAAAUAUAAUGAACAUGGCAGAUGCUACUGUCUCUGAGAUUGUUUUGUCUGUAUAAAUUGUCAAAUAAACACAUUUAUGUCAAUAAUGAA